AUGGCUCAAAUGGGUUUUCCUCCGAUUUGGUGUGGUUGGAUAAAGGGGAUACUCGUGUCCGCUAGAGCCGCGGUUCUUGUUAAUGGCUCAUCUACCUUCGACUUUAAAUGUGAGAAGGAUCUUCGUCAAGGUGACCCUAUCUCGCCAUUUCUAUUUCUAAUUGUCAUGGAUGCUCUUUCAUGUGGAUAUUCUCACCUAUUUUAUGCGGAUGACGCUUUAAUUUUGGGAGAGUGGUCUCGCGAGAAUCUUCAGAGUACGGCUCGAAUUCUUCGUGUUUUUUAUUUAUGUUCGGGUCUUCGCAUUAAUCUCCAUAAGUCGAAUUUGUUUGGGGUUGGUACCGAAGACAUUGAGGUUGAUAAUAUGAUGGAAAUUUUGGGAUGUAAAAGAGGUGGUUUUCCUUUUGUUUAUUUAGGAAUUCAAGUGGGAGCUAACAUGUCUCAUGUUAGUAAUUGGAACUUGGUCGUUGAAGUUAUAAAGGCUCGUCUUGUGUCAUGGAAAGCGAAAACUUUAUCAAUUGGAGGCCGGUUAAUCCUAAUUAAAUCGGUUCUUGAAAGUUUACCAAUUUACUAUCUAUCUCUUUAUAAAGCUCCUAAGACGGUGAUUGAUAGUAUUGAGUCUAUUAUGAGACGUUUUUUGUGGGCGGGCUCUAGUGAAGAAAGAAAGAUUCCGUGGGUUGCUUGGGAUGUUAUAUCUUCUCCGAAGAAGGAAGGCGGUUUAGGGGUCUCAAAGUUGCAAGAUGUGAAUGAAGCGCUUCUUUUAAAAUGGAUGUGGCGAUUCAGAAAAGAAGGUAAUUGUUUAUAG